AUGGUGCUCUUCUUGGAAUAUGGAAUAUUUCCUGGACUUAGUUUGCCUACUCAGAUCUGGGAUCAAAGUUUGGCUAUCUGGCACGAAAUCAUUUUAAGUCGUGUGUUUGUCGAUUUCAAUGUGUACCACAAAUUGUUCGGUGAAAUGAUUGAGGCGUAUUUGCGGCGUGGUGCAGACUCUAACUUAGAACUGUACAUCCCCGAAGAAAGCUGCGCAGAGAUUAUGGAAAAGAUUUCGGUGGGCAAGCUGUUCAGGAAUACUUUUGAUUUCGAGGUAAGAACAGGGAACAAUGUUUACGAGGCUUCAAAAAGGAGGUCCAUUAUCAGAGUUACACGAGAGUUCCACUUUAUCUUCAAAAGGGGAGGGAAAGCAUCACUCCGAGACUUAAUUGAGUUCUGGGCAUUCGAAAAUGAAGAGGCUAUUCUGCGGAUGAUGGAUAAGAACCUCCAACAACUUGAACUGGAGCCAACGACUAUGCCGCAGGACGAGCAGGAGCAGGCAGAAGAGAGCAGUACGAUGCAACCUUUAGAACGCAUUACUCCUAAACCGAAGGAUCCUUCUCAGCUUCAGUUGGAAUUCGACUCAACAGAAGAUAAACAACAGAAAGAAGCUGGGAAAUUUGAGGUGGUCAUUUCGGAACUCGCACGAGUCUCGAAGCCGCCAACUGGCUUGUUUGACUUGCUACAAGGGUGGAUGACUUUGCUUGCUGCUUUCUUUUCAGGUAUUCUGGUAGCUGUAUUGUUACCUCGAUUAAUGAAUUUUUGGAACGGCGACGUGAUAUGGUAGCAAGGGUAGACAGCUGGAUCACAGGUAUUUAGGUGGGGAGUUCUUCGGUCUGGGAUCCCUGUGAUCUUAUUCGGAAUUAUGUAGGCUUCAGACAUUACCUGUGACGUUGUUCUGCGAAUUU